AUGUUAUUGAAAAUGAUUAGGCAAUAUAAACUACAAAAUGUGCAAACUACACAAUGUUUCGUUCGUUUAUUAGCAUCAAAUUCAAAAAACAAUCAUGAAAAAGUCAAGUUUGAUUCAAGUGCUACUGCUUAUGGACAUAAAUCAAAAAGUGAAUUAUUUCGUGGAUGGUUUGUAUUUAAAUUAUGUUCAUAUUCAUCACUGGUCAAUAAUCUUUCUCAAUUAUUUAAUAUUUCACGUACUAUUCUUGGUCAACGAUUAUUUGAAUAUAUAAUGCGUUCAACAAUUUAUGGACAUUUUGUUGCAGGUACAAAUAAAACUGAAUUAAAACCAAUUACAGAAAGAUUACGUAAACAUGGUGUUAAACUAAUACUUGACUAUUGCAUGGAAUCAGAUAUAUCAAGCAAUAAUAAUCAACAAAAAAUAAAUUCAUCAAUAUUGAAUCCUUCAAAUGAAAAUAUAUAUAAUGAAAAUUUGUUGAAAGCUAUUAAAAAUGUUCAAACAGCAGCUGAAUUAUAUGGUUCAUCGGCAAUGAUAGCAAUGAAAAUAACAGCAUUUGUUCCACCGGAUAUUCUUCAAAAAUUAAAUCAAAUUUUAGAAGAACAACAACCAUCAACCAAACUUUCUAUUCUUGAAUUCAUAUCAAAUACAUCUACAAUGAAUAAAGAUGAACUAACUGAAGUAAAACAUCUCAUACAACGAAUAAAUCGUAUUAUUCAAGAAGUAAAAAAACAUAAUGGAAGAAUUUUUAUUGAUGCUGAACAAUCAUAUUUUCAAACAGCUAUUCAUAGAUUAGUACUUGAAUUACAAGAACAAUACAAUCGAGAUAAUUUAAUUGUUUAUAAUACAUAUCAAUGUUAUCGAAAAACUACUUUGAAUUUAUUACAACAGGAUUUAAUACGAUCAAAAACUAAUAAUUUUCAUAUUGGAUUUAAACUUGUACGCGGUGCUUAUAUGGAUCAAGAACGAAAACGAGCUGCUGAAAUGAAAAUUAUUGAUCCAAUUCAUCCAAAUUUUUUAGCUACAACAGAAUCUUAUCAUCGUGCAUUUGUUGAAACACUUGAAAAUGCUAAAAAUAAUCCUAAUAAAGUUCAUAUAUUUGUUGCUAGUCAUAAUGAAAAUACAGUUCAAUUUGCACUUAAAACGAUGGAUUUAAUGAAUAUUAAACGUGAUGAUGGUCUUGUUUCUUUUGCUACUUUAUUUGGUAUGUGUGAUUAUCUUACAUUUCCGUUAGCUGCUGUUGGUUAUGAUGCUUAUAAAUUAACACCAUAUGGACCAAUACAUCGUCUUUUACCUUAUUUAACUCGACGUGCACAAGAAAAUCGAGCAAUAUUUGCUAAAGCUGAAAAAGAUCGUCAAUUACAUUAUAAAGCAUUAAAAGAAAGAAUUUUACAUUAA